GACGUGCAGACAGACGGCAUACCGUAAUCAUGCAGCAAUUCACUUCAUGAUAAUGAUCGAUGCUAGUACAUAUGCCUGUUUUCAUAACAAAUGGAAGGGUUCCUGAGCUGGCUGUUCCCUCAGACGAGACCCAUGCCAAUGUUUAUCAAGAUUGAAGAAUUGCAUCCCUGAGACGGAAAGCUUAACCUAGUUCACCUUACCCACCCGACAUGGGAGUCGCAUCUAAACGGGGUCAACUCCGUGAUUGCCGGCCACCCCCGUUCGGCCUCGGAAGAGAACCUGCGGGGAACACACCUCCAACUUGGCCGACACCGGCGCCGACGACAAGGAAAGGGCGAAUCAGACCCAGUCCGUUCGUUAUUAGUCGUUAGUGUUGCCGCAACUGCCAUGAGCACAAGUGGAAGAGUGAGAGCAUGUGCAUGACAUGACCGACCAUCGAUCAAUCAGCCUCCUUCCGGCUGGACCUCCGUCCGUUUCUCUCCUCCGUCAAUAACCAGCAACCUUUUUCACCUAAUACCAGACGAGGACGGUGCCACCAACUCUGUCCCUUCACACUACGCCUGCUACUCCUAUAUCCUACUACUACCUAGGUACUCUCUCUCCCCUCCUCUUCUCCCUAUUAUACUAUCAUCCAUACAUCUCUCCCCAACUCCAACACAGGGCCUCGCCUCCCGAUCCAUACCGGCGGGCUUCCGUUCUUCACCACCAAGACGAAGACGAUGGUCUCUGUAUCAGCAUUCCUCAGGAAAUAUGCAUACCACGAGUCCGGCUUAGCUUCGCUGUGGUCCACCGGCCGCGACGCCUGGCUUAUCAUCUUCGCUCGCUGCUGCCGUAUGUUUGCCUACGGCGCCAGCUCGCUGAUCCUCGCUCUCUUCUUCAACGAGCUGCAAGUUUCCGACUCGCGCAUCGGCCUGUUCUUGACCCUCACCCUCGUCGGCGAUGUCGUCCUCUCCCUGGCCAUCGCCCUCGUCGCCGACCGCAUAGGGCGCCGCCGCACUCUCCAGUUCGGCGCCCUGCUCAUGAUCCUGUCAGGUGCCACUUUUGCCCUCAGCGAUAAUUACUGGGUCCUCCUGCCCGCCGCCGUCGUCGGCGUGCUGAGCGCCACCGGCGGUGAUACCGGACCCUUCCGCGCCAUCGAGGAGUCCACCUUGUCAGAGCUGACCACCCCCGCCACCCGGUCAGACGUCCUGUCGUGGUACAUCACCACCGCUGCCGUCGGGUCAGCAUGUGGAGUUGCUUUUGCUGGUAGGAUGAUCGACUCGCUCAAGGACAGGGACGGCUGGACUCUUCUGCAAGCCUACCACGCUUGUUUCGCCGUCUACUCACUCAUGGGCUUGGCUGCGUCCCUGUCCGCAUUUUGCCUUUCAAAAAAGUGCGAGCUGAAGCCUUCGGCCGUCACAAAGGAGCAAGAGACCGGUGAGGCCGCCGAGGGGUUGCUGAACAACCAAGAGCUCAACCCUGUCGAUGAGAGCCACCAUGCCCUGGACGGCGUCCAGGAAGAGCCCAAGCCUGCCCCCAGCACCAGCAAGAUCGCCCGUAUCUCCAAAGAAACCCGGUCGAUCAUGUACGCCCUGUGGUUCCUGCUCAUGGUUGACUCCCUGGCAGACGGCAUGGUCAGCAUGUCCCUAACCACAUAUUACGUCGACGAGAAGUUCCACCCACCAAAGUCAACCCUAGGCGAUGUCAUCUCCGCCAGCUACUUCUUCGCCGCGCUGUCGACCGUCUUCGCCGGGCCGCUGGCCCGACACAUCGGGCUGGUCAACACCAUGGUCUUCACCCACAUCCCCUCCUCGACCGCGGUCCUGCUCUUCCCCGCCGCCCAGAGCAGGUGGCUGACCUUUGCCCUGCUGAUCCUGCGCGUCGGGCUAAACAACAUGGACCAGGCCCCGCGCGCCGCCCUGAUCGCCGCCGUCGUCCGGCCCGAGGAGCGCACUGCUGUUAUGGGCAUCACCAGCACCUUGCGGACCCUCGCCAACGUCACCGGCCCCAGCUUCACCGGCCUGCUCGCCGACAGCGGCCGCUUCUGGAUCGCCUUCGUCGUCGGCGGCGCCCUGCGCCUCUCCUACGACGUCGGCCUGUUCGUGGCCUUUAUCAACAUCCAGCUGUACAAGCACGAGCCCGGCCAGCACGCGUCGCCGGGGGGCUCGGUCGGCAGGCUGUCGGAGGAGGUCUUUGAGCCUGUUAGGUCGGAUGACGGCGGUGAUGGCAGUGGAGGCCAGGUCAGGCUGUCUUUCUCGAGCGACGAAGAGGCCGUUGGUUCCGGCCCGCUUCCGAGUGGGAGGAGGGAGAGGGGUCGUGUCGCGGACUAGGGGCCCG